UGGGUCCAGGUGUGGAGAGGGUGGUGUGAAGGCCAGAGGAGUGGUCCCGCCCCUCUCCGCUCGGAAAGUGGUUUCCGCGGGUCCCUGGGAAAUCAGAGUGGGGAAUCUCCAUCCGCGGCGCGGGGGUCUCCAUCCGCGGGGUGGGGUCCUUCCUUGCAGGGAUCUGAGCGCCCCCUCUUGGGGCAGUGCUCUGCCGGCUGAGACAGCCAUUGGAGCCUAAUUGGCUGGAGAGAUAUUUCCUAAACCCACUAUAUUGCUGGACCCCUUCGCUAGUGGACUAUGUCCCUUGCCCGGGGUCAUGGAGAAAUUGCAGCCACCACCGCGGCGCCUCUGUCCGAAGAAGGGGAAGUGACUUCCGGCCUCCAGGCUCUGGCCGUGGAGGAUACCGGAGGCCCCUCUGUCUCGGCCAGUAAGGCCGAGGAAGAGGGGGAAGGAGGCCAAGAGGAAGCAGAGCGUGAGGGGUCCGGGGCCGAGGAGGCACAAGGAGAAGCCUCCAGCGCUGGCGGGGAAGAGCAUGCCGAGGGAGAAUCCGAAGACUGGUGCGUGCCCUGCAGCGACGAGGAGGUGGAGAUGCCCGCGGAUGGGCAGGCUUGGAUGCCCCCGCCCUCUGAGAUCCAGCGGCUUUAUGAACUGAUUGCUGCUCACGGUACCCUGGAGCUUCAAGCGGAGAUCCUGCCCCGCCGGCCGCCUACGCCGGAGGCCCAGAGUGAAGAGGAGAGAUCGGAUGAGGAGCCGGAGACAAAAGAAGAAGAGGAAGAAAAACCCCAUAUGCCAACGGAAUUUGACUUUGAUGAUGAGCCAAUGACACCGAAGGAUUCCCUGAUUGACCGGAGACGCACCCCAGGAAGCUCAGCCCGAAGCCAGAAACGGGAGGCCCGCCUGGACAAGGUCCUCUCAGACAUGAAGCGACACAAGAAGCUGGAGGAACAGAUCCUUCGGACUGGAAAGGACCUUUUCAGCCUGGAGUCAGAGGACCCCAACCCCGCCAGCCCCCCACUUCGGUCCUCGGGAAGUAGUCUCUUCCCUAGGCAGCGGAAGUACUGACUGUUGUUGCUACUGCUUCCAAGUGCAGAGACCAUACCUGCUGGGCGUGUGUGUGUGUGUGUGUGUGUGUGUGUGUGUGUGUGUGUGUGUUUCUGUUGAACAUCUGUUUGGAGACCUGGGCUGGGCGUGUGUGUGUGUGUGUGUGUGUGUGUGUGUGUUUCUGUUGAACAUCUGUUUGGAGACCUGGGCUGGAUUUUCUGGAUUUUAAAUAAAAGAUGCGGAACUAUCUUCUCCUCAGAGGAGGGGCUGCAGCUGGAGCUUAAACAGUUGGCCACACUUGAGCACAGAGGCAGGAUUGUAUUCACCCAGAUUGGAAAAUUAGAGCCAGAUGGGGCAAAGGCAAACUCAGCCAGCAUCUGUCUCCCUAUCUUGGACCCUUUGACCCUUCCUAGUCUCAUUCCAACAUUGCCAACUGACUUUUGGUCAGAAAUUCUUGAGUGUUGAAUGAGCUGUGCCUUCAGCAGCAGCCAAAGGA